GAGAGGAAGCUCGCCUUGUCUUUUACGUGCACCGUCCCCAAUUGUGGACAUAGGAGUGCGCACGAAUUCACGGCCAGAGCAUAUCAAAAGGGCAUUGUGAUCGUCGAGUGCCCGGGAUGCAAAAAUAGGCACCUCAUUGCGGACCAUCUUGGCUGGUUCAAAGAUUCAAACGAGGCGCGGACUGUGGAAGAGAUGGUGCGUGCUCACGGCGGGCGGGUACGUACAGGCACGAAGGCCUCGGAUGGC